GAGGAUACUUGUACUUAUUAUAUAGAAAUAAAUACCACGCAGAGAUCAUUAGCAAAUUAAUCACUCACUAGCUUCCAAGUUCCAACAUUUGUACUUUUAAUAAUAAUAAUAUUAAACCGGAUGUGGAUAAAUUUAUUUAUUGGUGGAAUGUGGGAUCGGGUGUGUACAUGGAAAGAUCGGGCCAGCCCGGGUGGGUUCGGUUCAUCAAACCCAUUCCUAUAUGGGCCACACCGUUUGGGCCCGGGCACGACGUGGGAAUCGAAUUCGGGUUCCCGGGGAACUCACCCAACUGCAAAUCCGACCCGCCCAGUAAACUCCCGAACUGCCGCCCUCCCCCGCUCGCAGUCGUCAGAAGCGACGUGAAACUGGCGUUCACAUCGAAGCCCGGGAUCCCGGCGAUCCGGAACGGCUCAUCCGACUUCUGCGGCGGCGCGGCCGGAGGACGACGGUUCGGCGGAGAAGACGGCGCAGCCGUGGUCGUCGAGGAGGAUCGCUUGGAAGAGGAGGAGGAGGAAGAGGAGGAGCGCUUGGUGGUGCUCUUGCGGGUGCCGCCGCCGACGGGGAUGUUUCUGAGAGCGCCGCCUUUGGUCCAAUACCUUUUGCAGUUUUUGCAGAAGUGGCGCGGCUGAGAGAGGUUGUAAUUGUUGAAGUAACAGAACUUGGUGUUCAUCGAAUCGCACCUGGGACAUUUCAGGUGCUCCUGCUCUGGAAAUUGAGGUUUGAUCUGCGUAUAUAUUAUUGACGGAUCCUGCAUCUUCUCCUUCUUCUUCUGAUCAAUCAAUCGACCGACCGAUCACACAGAGUUCGAAAACAAUUGGGUAAUUUCUUUUUUCGAAUCUGCAGAGGAAAUUAACU